AAUAGUAGUCCAUCUUUACCCUCUCUUCUUCUGUAAGAGAAAAAAAUAAAAACAAGAGGGCUCCCUGCUCGCCGCCGCGAAAACAAUUCUCUUGUAAAGGGUUUUAGCUUAAACCCUUUGCUUCAAUUCGUCCAAAUAUACAAGAAUGGGAAAGAAAUCAGGGAAGUUUAAGAAGAAGGAAAACAACCCUUCAAAGAAAUCAAAAAUUGAUUUUUACAAUGAAGAUGAUGAUAUGAUGAAUGAUGCUAUUGAUGCCUUUCAUGAAAAGAGAGAUAUCAUUCCACUGAAUGUUAAUGAAGAUUCUGCAGAGUCAGAUGAGGAUAAUGAACAUCCGGUGUAUGAUCUUAAGGAGGAUGACGAUGAGGAGGAUGAGGAUGAGGAUGACGACUUUGAUGAUGCUGAACUUACUGGCCUUGGUGCUAAAAUUGCAAGGACACAAAAAUAUUUACAAGCUACUAUGGGUGGGGUUGAGGAUGAAAUGCACGAUGAAGCUGAACAAGAGAAUGAAGAGACACCUCUGUGGGGAAGAGGAAAGAAUAUCUAUUAUCAAAAUAAGGAGAAUGUUGAAGAGUCGAGUGAUGAGGACCUUAUCGCCGAGGAGGAGGCAGAGGUAUUGAGAAUGCAGCAGAAAAAAGCUAAAUCCUUAUCUGCAGCGGAUUUUGGUAUUGAAGAUGAUGAACUCACAUUUGAGGAAAUUUUGGUCCAAGGAAAACCUGGAUCAGCAGUUUCUGCAGAUGGAGAAGCCAAAAAUGAAACUGGUACUGCUUAUGAGGAAGUGCAGAAGGAUUUGAAUGCUUUGACAAAAGAAGAGCAAAUGGAUGUUGUCUAUAGUUCUGCACCUGAAUUGGUUGGUUUGCUGUCUGAGCUCGGUGAAGCGCUUGAGCAGCUCGAUAACAAAGUUAAUCCCCUACUCAACAAGAUUAAUGGAAAGAAUAUGAUAAAAGGCGGGAUGCACUACAUUGAGGUGAAGAAGCUGCUUCUGCUGUCAUAUUGCCAAGCUAUCACUUUCUACCUCCUCCUCAAAUCUGAGGGGCAGCCAGUGCGUGAUCAUCCAGUCAUUUCACGCCUUGUGGAGAUCAAGAAUCUUCUGAAUAAGAUGAAAGAACUUGAUGGAUAUCUUCCUUCUAAACUAGAAGAUUUGUUGCACAAGAAUGUUGACAAUGUAACUGGUGGAAAGUUGGCGGGAAGGAACUUGGAUUCUGAACCUCUCCCCAUUAGUGACAAGCCUUCUGUGGUAUCAACUGAUAUUCAAGAAGCAGAGCCUCAUGAAUCUGAAUUGGCGGAGGCAAAUGGUUCAAAGAGUCCACGGAAAAAGGAAUCAAAACGCAAACGUCAGGAUGAUCAAGUUGGUAUCCAAAGCAUGGAAAUGUUAAAAGUGAGAGCUUCCCUUGAGGAGAAAUUGAAGCAGACAGGUGUCUUAAGUUCCAUUGCACGGAAAAAUGAAAAACAAAACAAGCGCUCCCGACUGUUGAAUGGGCUGUUGGCAACUCCUGAUGAUUUUGAUGAUGAUGCCAUGGGUGCUGAAGAUGAUCGUGGGACACGAAGUUUAAACAAGCUGUCUAGGCUUCUAACUCCUCAAGUAGCAAGACCCAAGGUAAUUUCUGGUGAUGAUGAUUUACCAAAACGAGAUGACAUUGGAGAAAGGAGAAGAAAACAUGAACUGAGAGUUCUAGCCGGAGCUGGAGUUGAACCUUCUGAUGAUGUCAAAGAUGAACCUGGUGACCAUGCAAGCGAUGAUGUUGCUACUUCCGACGAUAGUGAAAUGGACUCAGAUCUGGAAUUCUACAGAGAAGUCGAAAAACAACAUUCAGCUAAGCUUGCUGCUAAAGAAAAGAUGUAUUCCAGAUCCCCAGCUAUGCUGUCAACCCCAGAAACUGUUGUGGAUGGGAAGCGCCAGAUAAAUUACCAGAUGGAGAAAAACAGAGGCCUUACUCGUAAUCGUAAGAAGCAAGAUAAAAAUCCAAGGAAGAAAUACAGGGGGAAACACGAAAAGGCUCAGAAACGUAGGGAAGGACAAGUUCAGAAAAUUAAGAAACCAAAUGGUCCUUAUGGUGGAGAAACUACAGGAAUUAAUGCUGGUAUUAGUCGAAGUAUCCGAUUUAAGGGAUAAGUCAUGCGAUGUGUGGGUUAGGCAUACGUCUCAAGUUCAAAUGCUUCCACAGACAAAAGCUUAUGGGUUAGGCACACGUCUCAAGUUCAAAUGCUUCCACAGACAAAAGCUUAGUAUUUAAGUGAAGGGUAAAGUGUUGUACUCAUUAUUCACCGAGUUCCAAACCUUGCAUAUCACACUGGCCCUCGGGAAUUUCUCGGUUAUGAGUAAAAGUUGCAAGAGUUUGGUUUCUCUUUUUCAGCAAGUCCUCAUUUUGUGGUUAAAAUUAGUCUUUUUUUCUUCCUUCCAAUUUUGUCACCCUUGGAAGAGGGGAGUGGAAAGGCAUAUAUAAGAUGAAUGUGAACUGUUUCUCUUUCUUUAUGUUUCUUAAUUGUCUUUGUCGUAUUGGUCUCAACUUACAUAGUUUUGUAAUGGCUAGCUUAUAAUUUGCUUGUUUUCCGCUCCCUAUUGGUAUUUUUAACUUGGUCCGGAUAUUACGAUUAUAAAAACAAAUAUGCAAAAAUGUAAGGGUGGAUUAAAAUUUCAGUUAGUUAAGGAAGAAAGGACUCACUAAAUCAUGAUUA